GUGCCCACCCUUGAGGCUCUGCUUCCGCCUGUGACUGGCUGCCCUGGGUGCCGGUCGCUACGCCACCCGCUUCUGAUUGGUCAUCGAGCCGCCGCUCUGCGCGGCGCCGGCUCCGCCCCCGUUGGGUGUUUGUGGUGGGGCUGCGGAGUCGCCGAUCCCGCCGGAAGCGCCAGGACAAUGGGGACCCGGGACGACGAGUACGACUACCUAUUCAAAGUGGUGCUCAUUGGGGACUCGGGCGUGGGGAAGAGCAACCUGCUAUCACGCUUCACCCGCAACGAGUUCAACCUGGAGAGCAAGAGCACCAUCGGCGUGGAAUUUGCCACCCGCAGCAUCCAGGUGGACGGCAAGACCAUCAAGGCGCAGAUCUGGGACACCGCCGGCCAGGAGCGCUACCGUGCCAUCACCUCCGCGUACUACCGCGGCGCAGUGGGCGCGCUGCUCGUGUAUGACAUCGCCAAGCACCUGACCUACGAGAACGUGGAGCGCUGGCUGAAGGAGCUGAGGGACCACGCCGACAGCAACAUCGUCAUCAUGCUGGUGGGCAACAAGAGUGACCUGCGCCACCUGCGGGCCGUGCCCACUGACGAGGCUCGUGCCUUUGCAGAAAAGAACAACUUGUCUUUCAUUGAGACCUCAGCCUUGGAUUCUACCAACGUCGAGGAAGCUUUCAAGAACAUCCUCACAGGUGGGCACAGGGCCUGGCUGGGGCCAUGGUAACCCCACCGUGUCCACUGUGG